AUGGGUGACUCACAUCUUGCAGUUCUGAUGGGUCAACUCCCUAGAUGUGCAGAUGCUCUGGAGACUAUUCUGACCCUGGAAGAUACGAAAAACAUUACCCAAACGAUAUGCGGAGCACCAAUUCGAUACCAAGCUGCAGCCUAUUUGCCCGUUUCGGUCACUUUGAUGGCGAUAGCAUCUGCCCUUAUGCUUAUUCGGCUAGGUUACCAGAAGUUCAUUUCUGCCAGUGGCCUAUGUCUUGACGACUGGUUCAUUCUCGUCACCUGGAUUGUCAGCAUAACGUCAAGUGUCGUCAACCAUGUCUUAAUAAUGCAUAAUGGCCUUGGUAGGGAUAUGUGGACGUUAAGCAUCGAUACAGUUGGAGACUUUCUUCGAGGCCUUUACCUCAUGGAGCUUUGCUAUUUCACCGAGGCUCUUUUCAUAAAGCUCUCGAUGAUUGCCUUCUACCUCCGAAUUUUUCCAGACAAGAACAUUCAGCGCAUCUUGAUUGGAACCGCUAUAUUCGUUGGCAUCUCUGGUGUUGUCUUCCUCUUGUCGGCCAUCUUUCAGUGUACACCGGUAGCCUUCUUCUGGAAACAAGUCGAAACACAGCAAGGAAGGUGUCUUGAUAUUGGCGCAUUAGCCUGCGCCCACGGAGCUGUCAGCAUAGCUCUGGAUAUAUGGCUACUUAUGAUCCCUCUCUCGCGACUUCGGGGAUUGCAGAUGUCUCGUGGAAAGAAAAUGGGGGUUGCAUCAAUGUUCCUCAUUGGAUCCUUCGUGACUGUCAUUAGCGUAGCUCGCCUUGCAGCCCUUGCUAAGAUGCGAAAGUUGACAAACCUCACAUGGGACUACUAUGAAGCGUUACUGUGGUCUGUUGUCGAGGUCACAGUUGGCAUCAUGUGUACAUGCAUGCCCUCACUCCGCUUGACAUCUGUUCGGGUUGCAAGAUGCUUGAGGACUAAAAAGCCCCACAUUUAUGUCUAUGGCGGUCCAGACUCGUCAAUAGAAUCGGGUUGCACGGAUAAGUUUAACUCAACGAAAGGCAAGUUGAGUCUGAAUAGUGCAGAAAAGCCAUUACCUAGACUGCCUGAUGCGCCACCAGGCCAAAGUGUGGACUUCACAAAGCAAACGCAAGAUGAUGCUUGGAACGACAACACUCACCUUUUGGUCCCGUUCAGGACGGUACGGGUGUACAUCAAACGACCAGCCCAUGUCGAGAGAUGA